AGGGAAAGUAUAUAUGACAGGUAAAACGAUGUAAACCCCUUAGUCUAUCUGAGAAGCACGCACCAUGUUCCGCACAAUACCCCUAUUGUUAUGCAUUCUUAUGGGCUUACAUGUUCUGGUGUAUGGAGAUGCAGGAGAAAAGUCAACAUCAGGAGGGGAUCUGUUGAGUAAUAUAGCUGGCCACAUAAUUCCAUCGACAUUGGUAAAUGGUAUUCAGGAUAUCAGAUCUAUCCGCACCGCCAUCAGUGAAACUAUCGGAGCAUCCAGUGUACCUGGAACGACGACAGAAUAUCCAAAAGUUAGAGUAACAUUGAACCCAAAGAUGAGAUCGACAACAAGCACCACAAGAAAGCCCAGGACAACAAAGGCGCCAUCUACUGUUGAUAAACUAAAGUUCCCACCUGAACAGAGAUCUGAAUAUCUGGGCUCUGAUUCCGCUAAAGCCGCUCAGAACCAAUUUCCCUUUGAUUAUAGAAACAACUUCGAUCUCAAUGGAGGUGGUCUUCAGAAUAACGGGAGGCAGUUUAACCCAGGAUCUCCACAGGGCUUGAAUCAAGGUUUUUUUGGUGGUGAUCAAAAUCCCUUCAAUCAAGAUGCUGGCCCCUUCAGACCCUUCGACUCAUACGUCGAUCCAUCUGGAGGCAGAGGGAACGCGAAUGUUAUUCAGGGAAAUGAUGGAAGAGUUACUAGUGUCGAUUCAGGAUUCAAUGACGGAAUCAAUAGACAGUUUGGUAAUACUGGAGAUUUUGACAGAUUCAGAAACUUUGGAAGAUUCGGAUAUGAUGAUAGAUUUUCAGGGAGAUUUCCAGGUCAAUUCAACCCGGGAUUUCAACAAGACGAUCGAUCCCGUUUCGCAGGUUAUCCUGAACCACACAAUGGACAAGAAGUGAAUGGAAACUAUCGUCACGAGCCAAGGUUUAAUUAUCCAAACUCCUUAAAUGAGCGACGACUAUCGCCAUUCUCAGGAUCCUUCCCAUUGCAAGGAUACGCUCCCAAUAAUUUUGAUUUUCAACCGAAUCACAGAUUCCAGAAUCCCUUUGGCGAUAAUUAUCGUGGAGCCCAGAGGCCGUCUAAUUUCCCACUGUUUUCUCCAUCAGGAGUAUCAGGAGGUCCUGGAGGUCCAGGUACAUCAAGACCAAACAACUCUAGUAAUGGAAAUGCUUCAGGACCACUCACCGCUGCAUCCAAAAACUUGGAAAAACUGCAAAGCCCCUCGGGAAAUGAAAAAAAUAUUGAUCACAUAUUGACAGAAGCACCCAGUACGCCUUUCCAAGAGCAAAAGUUAUUCUAUCCACAGCUUGACGAUUACUCGGACCUUCGGUUCCAGCCUGAUGGUUUUCUAAUAAAUUCUAACUUGGCUGCUAAACGAGGAAUCAAUGGCAAAGCCUGAAACCCACUUAAAAUUUGUAUAAUUCAGUCUAUUGUACUAUCACUCAUAUAUACGUGGGAUUUUAUCAUGAAUGAAUAAAAAAAAAGUUAUUAUAUUUUAUCCAUCCUUCAAUCUAAUACGUAAUGAUCUUUACAUCAGCUGUGUCCUGUAAUUACAUCAAAUUUUUAAUACUCUUAUUAAUUUUUUUUACCUGAAGCCAAAAAUUAUAAAUAAAUAAUUCUAAAAAUGAA